AUGGUAAAGAACAUCAACUCAGUCAGCAUCACCGUUCUCUUGUUCGUCCUCUUGGUGGCUUCCACCGAAAUCCUCAAGAGCGAGGCUCAAACAUUUUGCUUCGAGUGCGGACCGGUGCCGUUUUUAGGUACAAAUGCUGAUUGCUUUAACUGUUGCAAAACCAAAUACGGGAGUCCUCCAGUCGUUAGUGGCGUUGUUGAGGGAAGUGAGAAACACUGUCAUUGCUAUUGUUGAUCCUUGAAAUAACCUC